CAAGUGAAAACAAUCAAUGGUUUAUUAAUUGUGAUUGUACUUUAGAAAGGAAGAACUUUCAACAUUUCAAUCACUCUUCCUUGCACUUGUUUCCAAGAUCGGUGCACCUGUCAAUGCCUGAUACGUGUUAAGGACAAGUUAGCUAUCUCUUUUCCUAAUUAUAAUUGAACUGAUAAAAGUCUCCGACAGCACGCAGAUUAGGUGGUGGCAACAGGCCUUUGAAAUGUACUUUCAGAACCAAGUAGGGCGAAGGUUGCCACCUUAUGGUAUAUAACAAAGAGAGAAACGAUAGAUUUUAUUAAAGAAGUUAGCAAUUAUACCCAAGCAGAGCCAUCAAAGCCUUUCACAAAAGUCUGUGAGAUCGGAACGAAAAUGGAUGCUUCUCUCAAGUUUUUGGCGGGAGUUGCCUUGGUGAUGUGUGUGUGCAUCAACGGGAUGAGAGGACAGCAGCAGACGAUGGAUUUGGUAGAAUCCGCCAAAUCCCUUCAGGAUCUUGCUCACAUUGCUGUAGUAGAUGCACUAUCUCCUCUACAGACAGCACUCUCUUUACUUGAUUCUCAGUGGUCAAAACUUGAGGCUACUGCGAAUCAGAAGAAUCUAAACAUCGCAUCCAUUACUGUUCCUGCAGUCGAUACACAGAACGUGUUAGCAUGUCGAGCUCGAUCUGUUCCCAAAUACACCAAUCUUCUGAAACAUCUCGUGGACAAGGAGAACGAAAUCGGCAACCGAGUGGAGAACGCCACCCUCAUCGCCAAUGCUCUUCAAUUCGUUUCUCAACUUGUCGCGAAUGACCAAAUCCAACAAGGUAAAUAA